AUGUCCUCGGGGCUACGGGUCUCAUACUUCCACUCGGAAUCCGUGGGUGGCUUCUACUAUGGCCGGGGUCACCCCAUGAAGCCUCCACGGCUGUCGCUGACCCAUGCCCUUGUCAAGGCUUAUGGCCUCGACCGCCAAAUGGAGGUCUACUCGCUGCGGAGGGCCACGGUGGAGGAGGCCCUGCUCUUCCACACGCCCGAGUAUGUCUCCUUCCUGGCAGAGCUGGAUGGCAUCGACCUUGGCUCGCCGCCUAGGACCCUUCCUCCUGCUACAGGCCUUGUCCUCGCUCCCCGCGAUCCGUACUCGGCCCGUCUCGCUCGCUGCUUUCCUCCGCUCGGCCUGCCCAUGGCCUCGACAUCACGCUCGCCUCGCCCGUCAUCGCUGUCGCACGGGCGACAGGCUGGCCACGGCCAUCAAGGAUGCUUGACUCCUCAAGUGAGUCAGCAGUCGGCUGAAGAUCUUGCUGCCGCCAAGAAAGCGCUGGAAGAGUCGAUGCGGAGACACAACCUCGGCCACGACGAUGUGCCGGUCUUUGACGGCGUCCUCGACUUUUCGCUCCUCUCCUCGGGCGGCUCCAUCGACGGCGCCGCAAGGCUCAAUGCAGGCGUGUGUGAUGUGGCCAUCAACUGGUCCGGCGGCCUCCACCACGCCAAGAAGCAGGCCGCCUCGGGCUUUUGCUACAUGAACGACAUUGUGCUCGCCAUUCUGGAGCUGCUCAAGUUCAACCCGCGCGUCCUCUACAUCGACAUCGACGUCCACCACGGCGAUGGCGUGGAAGAGGCCUUUUACGAGACCGACCGUGUCAUGACCGUCUCCUUCCACAUGUACGGCGAAGGGUUCUUCCCGGGCACCGGCGCCCGCGAGGACAUCGGCGAGGGUGAGGGCAAGCAGCACGCUAUCAAUGUUCCGCUCCGCGCAGGCAUCGACGACCGUUCGUAUGCUUACAUCUUCAAGCCGGUCAUCGCCGCCAUCAUCGAGUCAUACCAGCCCACCGCCAUCGUCCUCCAGUGCGGUGCAGACUCGCUGGGAUGCGACCGCCUCGGCUGCUUCAACCUCACCAUCGGCCAGCAUGCAGACUGCCUCGCCUUUGUCAAGUCGUUUGGCAUCCCGCUGCUCGUCCUCGGUGGCGGCGGGUACACCGUGCCCAACGUCGCCCGCCUUUGGACCGUCGAGACCGCCACCGUCCUCGACGUCGAGCUCACCAACGACGUCAUCCCCUACACAGAACACUUUGACUUGUUCGGGCCAUCGUUCAAGCUUAUUCCCGAUACCCACGCCGGCAUCGCUAACCUCAACACCCGCACCUACCUCGACAAGAUGAAAUCCGACAUUCUGCAGCAGCUCAAGACCAUUCCCUUUGUCCCGGCCGUCCAGAUGUCCACCAUUCCGCCGGCUGCCUACCGCGCUGGCGAGUGGAACGCCGCCCUCACCGACGACGCCGACCCCGACGACCGCUCCGCUCACGCUGCAGGCGUCUCGGUCCUGCGCGCCCCGGGCGUUGAAGGCGAGCUCUUUGCUGCAGACUCGGACAACCUCGCCGGUUCCUGA